CUGAUAAGCUAUCAUUUGAUUCAGUUGGUAUCACUCACAGCUGCAGCUCUUAGUACCCAGUCUGAUUUCGUCGACUACUCGCGCAGCAGGAUUCGUUGGCCUUUGUUCGAAUUUUUAGAAGAUUAACAAGAAACGGAAAAGAUGGUCACGGCAAAAGUGUGGCUUCUAGUCAGGCGUCCCGAUGGUUUACCCGUCCCACAAGACUUCAAGCUUAUUGAGGAGGUUUUGCCUCCUUGUGGAGAUGGAGAUAUUAUCAUACAGGCUGAAUUUUACAGCGUGGAUCCAUACCAGAGAUACAAGGCGAGGGAAAUACCACUCAAUGGGCCUAUGUAUGGAAGUCAAGUAGCAAAAGUAAUUGAGAGCAAAAAUCCUUCGUGGAAAGUAGGAUCCUACCUGGUGUGCUAUCCUGGUUGGAGGUCCCAUACACAUAUCACAGCAAAGGAGCUGAAGGAAGGUGGAGUCGUUGCAUACACCCCGCUGCCCGAUUUGGCACCUCUGCCAAGAAGUGUGGCCCUGGGAGUUCUGGGUAUGCCUGGAAACACUGCAUAUUUUGGCUUCUUGGAGCUGUGUGAGCCAAAACCUGGAGACACUGUGCUUGUUAACGCUGCUGCUGGGGCUGUAGGCAGUGCUGUGGUUCAAAUUGCAAAGAUCAAAGGUUGCAAGGUUAUAGCAUCAGCUGGGACUGCAGAAAAGUGCAAGUGGGUCAAAGAAUUAGGUGCUGAUUAUGUCUUCAACUACAAGACAUCGAAAAUAGGCGAUGAAAUAAAGAAAGCUGCCCCUGAUGGGAUAAACUGCUACUUUGAUAAUGUCGGAGGAGACUUCACACUUCAUGCUCUGCCAUCAUAGGCUACCAAAGGUCGGAUUGCUCUUUGUGGAGCAAUCUCUUCUUAUCAUGACGACAGGAGCAAAUUAGUUGCAAGAAGUCCUUAUGAUCCAGCUAUAAUCAUUUCGAGGAGUCUACGACUUGAAGGAUUCAUGGUGCCAAAUUGGGCAAGUCGAUGGAUGGAGGGUAUCAAGCAGUUGAAAGAAUGGCUAGUGCAGGGAAAACUCAAGUACAAGGAAACUGUCGAAGAGGGAUUCGAAAACAUUCCCAAAGCCUUUAUUGGCUUAUUUAGUGGAGACAAUAUAGGAAAGGCCAUCGUUAAAGCAUAAUCUAGAUGUUCCUGAUUGACUGAUAAAUGACAGGAUCUUCUUCGAGCGCCUUCUAGGCUAAGUUAGGUAAAUGACAGUGGUUAAUGAAAAGUGCAUGAACAAAGAUGAGAUAUGAUGGAAUUUUAUAUGAACUCGACGAUGUUGCCGUCAGUUGGAAUAAAGUCUAACAGUGUUA